AUGGCGACCACAGCUGUUUCCGACCUUUCGCGGCGGGCCGCCCUUAGCACAGCCUUGAGAACUCAGUCCGGCUCUCGCCAGCAUCUUCCGUCGUUCCCAGGUCCGCCUCACGCUGCGCAUACCCUUCGCCGGCAUCACGCUAUCGUUAGCUUCCGUCGCUCGUCGCUCGCAGGAAUCGCGCGAGUGACAAUAUCGAGAUCCUACCCCAGCCGCACAGCAGCCUCGCGAUCUGUCUCCAGGCGUUUCCCGCCCGCGAUUCGCGCCUUCACAAAUCAACCGGACGCGGCGCGACCCGGCAGCAAGGCAUCCCGGAUCGCGGCAACAGACGCGGCUCCCUCCCUCCUCGACACGUCCCGACGACAAGCCGCCGCUGCUGCACGUUCCCCUGCCGCCGUCGCUGCCGCCGCUUCUGCCGCUGCUUCUACUACAGCUGCCGCCGCCGCGGCGCUCGAGGACUCGCUAUCGAGUCGCGGCAUUCCCGAGGCGUAUUCAACGGACGCGCAAAUCCUGAGCGGCGAGGUGGAGGGGUUUGCGGGGAUGAACGAGGAGGGCGAGUGGAUUCUGCUGUUGCCGUCGGGUCGCAAGCGCCAGUACCCGCGAAAGCGCCGUUCGAAACCUCGAGUUCCCCUCGCCAUUGAUCCCGUUGACCGCGUUGACGCCGUUGACUCUGUUGACGCCCCUCGAAACGCCGCAUCCAACGUCCGUCUGCCGUCAGAUGUGUCGCAGAUUGAAGAAUCUACGCCGUUCGUGGUUAGCAGCGGCAGAUCAAAUCUGCUGCCUGACGUGAAUCCCGAGCUUUCAGGCUCUCCCGGGGCGCCACGUGGCAGGCAUCCGUCCCCUAAAGCCUUAUCCGAAGCGGCAUUGAGAGUGAGAAGGGAGAGGCAGAAGUUGCAGCAGCAGCGCCAGCAGACCGUCGAGGCGCUAGUAGAUGGUUCUAACGAGGUGAAAGAUAUGACUACUGCUGGUGUGACUGAAGCGGACGAUGUUUUCUUCUCUGCGCCCUCCUCCCCCUCCUCUCCCUCCUCCUCACCGCCUUCCCUUACCGUAUCCCAGACCCCACUCUCCGACUUGCGCCCCGCUUCCGCUCCUGCGCCGGCUUCCGCUGCCGCGCCCGUUUUCUCCGCUCCGCGCACCCCGCUGCCCGAAUUCGCGCCGUCACGAGCAGCCGACGCAGUCCAAGAGGCGGAAGGGGGAAGGGAGGGGGAGCAAGCGGUGGGAAUUAGGCGGCAAACGUCCCAAAAGCGAGUAGUUAGGCUGAGCUUAGCGCGUCCACCAUCCGCCAUCAGGCGAGCGGCGGUAGAAACCACAGAAGUUCCAGACCAACAAUUGGAGGCUAAGAAAGUAGGAAGGGGCGCGGAGGAGGCGCAGGCGGCGGAGACGCAGGGGGAGAGGGAGGGGGAGCGGCGCGGCGGAGUGGAGGUGGCAGGCGCGCUGAAGGCCGUGAGGCGGCACCUGAGUGGGGGCACGCGGGGCGGAAUGACGACAGCUAGAGCCAUGCUGGACGAGGUGAGUGGCGAGCAGGUGGAGCAGGUUGAAAGGCAGCAGGGAAAGGUGAAGAGGAAGGGAGAAUGUGAGGAGUUUUUAAUAGGCAGCGGAGAGAAGCUGCUGUGUCAACCUACGAACCCCCAGAUCCAGGAGCACAUGGCGCUGGCAGAGCGCAAAGCAGGCAACACAGCAGCCGCCAGGGCGUGGUACCGCCGCAGUGCGCAGGGCUAUGAGGCGGCUCUGGCGGUCGGCACUGCCUCCCCGCACUCAGGGGAUGCUUUUGACAACAACCACAGCGACGCAAGGCAUUCAGACGCCAGGCACUCGGAAGAGAGAGGGCCUGCGGAGCUAAUGAGUGAAGGAGCAGUAGAGGAGGCUGGGCACCUGAAGAAUAAUAACCUGGGGCGGUGCCUGCAGGCGUGGGCCGGGAUGGAGGCGGAGGAGGGUGACAUGGUUACCAGCAGACAGCUGUUUCAACGCUCAAUAGUGAUACUGACGCAGGGAGAACCAGGCCACCAGCAACUGCAGGAGCAGCAGGGCAGAACUAAACAGUCGGGGCAAUCUCCCAAGGAUACUGGAAUCCUUGUGAUUGGCCUGCACGCCUGGGCCAUGGCUGAGAAACGUGAAGGGAAUUUUCGAGCCGCCCGAAACCUGCUGGAGCAGGCAGAGAAGCUUCAGCCGGGCAGCCCGGUGGUUCUGCAGUCACGCGCUCUCCUGGAAGCUUCCGUGAAGAACCUGGGUGGAGCCCGGUGUUACUUUAAGAAGGCCACUGCUGCUGCCCCUCUUGACGCUGCUUGCUGGCAGGCAUUUGCGCUCCUGGAAGCAAGAGCCGGCCGAAUCAAGUACAUGAGAACCCUUUUCCGUUGGGCACUCUCAGUGAACCCGAAGUCCAUUCCCACACUGCACGCAUGGGCGUGCCAGGAGGCCCGCCUGGGCACACCCAAAAGCAGAGAGACAGCCAGGGGGCUGUUUCGGAAAUGUUUGGAGGUGCAGCCUGGGUGUGUGCGGGCGCUGCAGGCGUGGGGUGUGAUGGAGCAUGCAGCAGGGGACGUUGAUGCAGCGAGGGUGCUGUUUGAUCUCUGCCUUGAGGCUGCUCCAAGCUCAGUCCCCACUCUCCAGGCAUAUGCAUGCUUGGAGCGGCAGCAAGGAGACUUAGCCAAGGCCCGUUCCCUCCUAUCACUAGCCCUCUCAGCCCAGCCAGGCAAUGCAGCAGCACUGCAGCAAGCGGCAGAGGUGGAGGAGGAGCUGGGUAAUGAAGCAGCAGCGCAUGAGCUCUUUGUGCGUGCGAACCGGGCGGAUAGGGUGGUGGCGAGGCGGCGACGGGGGAUGUAUGAGUCGGCUAAGGAGGGGAGGCAAGAGGAGCAGAUUAGAGGGGCAGUGCCGUGGUGGGUGGUGGGGAAGAUGAGGGAACGGCGGUCGAAGCGGCGAGAUGGCGGGAGUCUGGUGUUUAAGCGGAAAGUGGAGGACUGCUACGCGCUCUCCCUCGUGAGGACGCAGAAGAGCAUGGACAAGUGCAAGGAAGACCUGCAGGCGCAGAUUGCGCAGUGCGGAGGCAAGCCAGUACGGACCGAGUAUCCUCUGGCAGGAGGAGCAAGCAAGCCUAGUAAGUCAGCAAGGCCAAGCGCCAAAAAAUGA